AUGGCCACCCAGACUAUUACAGACGUCGGGCAGGAGUCCAAAACGCAGAACACUUUCCAUAAAGAUCCUCUUCGACUGAGGGGCGCUCUUGAUGGGUAUCAAUCCUUUGACGUUACGCCGAUCAUCGGUCGCGAGUUUGUGGAUGUAAACCUGAAGGACUGGCUUCGAGCACCCAACUCGGAUGAUUUAAUCCGUGACCUUGCCAUCACCAUCUCUCAACGUGGUGUGGUCUUCUUCCGUAAGCAGGACGAUCUUGACAACGACCUGCAGAAGGAGUUGGCUCAGCGUCUUGGCGAACUCUCGGGAAAGCCUGCGACCUCGAAACUCCACAUACAUCCCGUUAGUAACUCCGGUCGCCGACUUGGUGGCAAGGACGAUGAGAUCAGUGUCAUUAGCUCGGAGCAAGCAAAAGAAAUUUACAAGAAUCGUUUCUUGAACUUCUCCCAGAAAAAGCAGAGCGCAAAGGAAGGCUGGCACAGCGAUAUUACUUUCGAGCCAGUCCCGUCCGAUUAUGCAAUUUUGAGAUUGACUCAGUUACCGAAGACAGGAGGUGAUACUUUAUGGGCAUCAGGAUAUGAGCUCUACGACCGCCUUUCCAAGCCCUACCAGAAGUUUUUCGAAUCCCUGACCGCGACAUACGCUCAACCAGGCUUCGGACUUGCUGCAAAGGAGAAUGGUUUCGAACUCUACAGCAAGCCACGUGGUGCACCAGAGAAUGUUGGUUCAGAGCUGAUUGCCACCCAUCCCGUCAUCCGUACGAACCCUGUAACAGGUUGGAAGUCAAUUUUCGCAGUUGGACACCAUGUGCAGCAGAUCAAUGGGCUCACUGAACAGGAGAGCAGACGUGCGCUGGACUGGUUCGUGCAACUGAUUGUGGAGAACCAUGAUCUGCAAGUGCGCCACAGAUGGCAGAAUCCUAAUGAUCUUGCGAUCUGGGAUAACCGCAGUGUCUAUCACACCGCAACCUUCGACUACUUUGGGCUAGGAGAGAGGACAGGACAGAGGGCAGUGAGUCUUGGAGAGAGGCCAUAUUUGGAUCCAAGUAGCACCUCUCGGCGUGAUGCAUUAGGUCUGAAAGAGGCGUGA